UGCAAGGUGGGAGAAACGAUUUCACCUCUCCCCUGGGUUUCUUUGUCUCCUCUGUGCUGGUGACAGGAGAAUGGCUGGGGGAAACCACUUGAGCGUGACUGAGUUUGUCCUCCUGGGCUUCACCGACCUGCAGGAGCUGCCCUUCGUGAUUUCUAUACUCAUCUACAUCGCCAUGCUCGUGGGGAACCUGAGGAUGACCAUCCUCAUCAGGACCAACUCUCAGCUUCACAUGCCCAUGCAAUUUUUCCUCAGCCACCUCUCUUUCCUGGACACCUGCUGUUCUUCAUCCAUCACGCCAAAGCUCCUGUUGGGUCUCCUUGCAGAGAGAAAUGUCAUUUCUUUCAAUGGCUGCAUCACAUACUUCUUUGCAGUAUUCGGCACUACGGAAGCCGUACUUCUGGCCGUCACGGUGUACGAUCGCUACGUGGCCAUCCGUGAGCCUCUGCACCUCUUGGCUGCCACGUCCCAUGGGGUCUGUGUCCCGCUGGUGGUGGGCUCCUGCGCUGCCAGGAGCCUGAACGCCCUCGUGCACACCAGUGCUCUCCUCCAACUCUCCUUCUGGGGCCCAAAGCUUGUCAAUCAUUUCUACUGUGAAAUCCCACUGCUCCCGCUACUCUCGUGCUCGGACACCUGGUUCAACGAGAUAGAGACGGCCGCAUGUGGUGGCUUCAUCAUAACACCCUCAGUCUUGGCCAUCGUUGUCUCCUGCGCCUGCAUCCUGCUCACCAACCGGAACAUUCGCUCUGCAGAAGGCAGGCACAACGCCUUCUCCACUGGCAUCUCCCACUUCGUGGCUGCUGCCCUCUCCUACAGCUUUGCAGCUUGCUUGUAUUUCCAUCCCUUUUCCAGACGCGCAGAAGAUCAAGGGAAAACAGCCUCUUUCUUCUACGCCGUGGUGAUGCCCAUGCUCAACCCUUUCAUCUACAGCCUGAGGAGCACGGAGGUGCGGAGCACCCUCAGAAGAGCUAUGAACGACCUCCCCUGCAUGUAUUCCCACGGGUCCCGCUCUACCCAAACUGAAGCAGAUAUCGCCAGCCGCAGUGGAGUCGGCAGAAGAAAUAAGGCUGACACAAGAGCACUGUACAUUUCUGGACACCUGGACGGCAUCUGA